AUGUCAACCUCAACCGAGUACAUAUCUGCCUUUGAAGCAGAACAACUAGUGCACGAUAUUCAAAAAUUAGACAUUAGCCAAUUUGGCGGAGAGGUUUGGGAACGUCAACAUGAAGUCCUAGAGCGACUCAACAUUCAAGCGCAUUUUAAUCUUAAAUCCAACAACGAGGAAUACAUUACUCAGGCUUUGAUCGUAUCUAAAAAAAUUGAAAUUGUGGUGCACAAUCUUUUAAUCACAUCACUUUGGAAAACGAACGUGUUUCCUUAUUUACUGGAACAUUUGAUUUCUCAAGACAGUCUCAAAACGUAUUUUAUGAUUUUUUCAGAGGCUUCGCUUGUCAAUCUAAUGCAAGUUGUUUUAUUUGAGAAAGAAGCUUUCAAUCAGAUUGGAGAUAGCAUGAUGCCUUUUCUUGACUAUCUUGUUCAAAAGGUCGUUUUUCUUUGCACAGUGACCACUACUGAGGAAGAACCGCUUAAAUUAGCCAAUAGCCUUGACUCUGUAUCUGAGCAAAAGUGGAUUCAACGCAACACUGCCGAUUUGAAUUUUUCAGUUGCUAUAAACUCUUUGGCAUCGCUUAGAUACAUUACCGACUCUGUUGAUUGUCUUGAACUAAGCGUAUUAAACAGGAUACUCAAAAGUCAAGAUAACCUUGUUGUUUUGCUUGAGCGUGCUCCGUGGAUGCGUUGUACAACAUCAAAAGACACUGUUCAACUAUUUCACGAUAACAAAUGGCAAAACAUCAAGAAUGAAAACAUUGAGGUUCUUGGUCAAAUUGAAGCUCAGGUGUGGUUAUCGCUCUACAAUCUGUUGAUGGAUCGCGAAUGCAGAAGGAUAUACACAUAUACCAAGCAUAAUCAGCAAAUUAUACUACGACUCAAGGAUCUUUUGAAUGAGCUUCUGAUAGAUCAGCUUCCUAUUUUAGUUGAUUUGAAGCGAUAUCUUGAGGAAUUGACAAUGAUGAAUGUUCCAGAAGCAACUGCUGUACCAGCUUUUAGUGGGAUUGAAGCGGUAAUGUACAAAUAUGUUUGA